AUGGAUUUUCAAUUAAAUCCAAUUUAUUUAUUUUACCCAAAUUUAAUUGGUUAUUUGCGAAUUAUUUUUGCUUUAUUUUCUUUUGCUGCAAUGCCUACACGUCCAGUAGCAGCUUCUAUUUGGUAUUUUUUGAGUGCUUUUUUGGAUGCUUUUGAUGGAUAUUUGGCAAGGAAAUAUAAUCAAAGUUCUCGUUUUGGAGCAAUGCUAGACCAAUUAACUGAUCGCUGCACUUUUCUCGGGCUUAUAAUGGCACUUUGCCAUUUUUAUCCUUCUUGUAUUUUUGUUUUUCAAUUUGUUGGAAUUGUUGAUAUUGCUUCUCAUUGGCUUCAUUUACAUGCUGGGGAUUUGACUGGAAAAUUAACCCACAAAGAAUCAAAAAAUCCUCUUUUAAAUUAUUACUACACUUCAAAACCUUUCCUUUUUGCAAUGUGUUUUGGCAAUGAAGCAUUUUAUGGACUUUUAUAUAUUUCUCAUUUUUGGCCUGGUCCAAGUCUUUAUUUUGUUAAUUUUACGAAUUUAUUGGCUUUUUUGGUUUUUCCUGUUGCUGCUGUUAAAUCGGCUAUUAGUUUGGUUCAUCUAGUUACAGCAGCACAAACAUUGGCUACACAUGAUUUGGAGAAUUUAAAUCGACGUCAAAAAUAA